AUGGCCUGUCCAGUCUACACUCAAAAGAAGCUCAACUACUUCAGAAUUUGUCAUGUAGUCACUGAUAUUAUACCGCAAGGGCUGCGAUCCAUUUUUAAACAGGAAUGGGACAGUCGUUACCAGGCAACGUUGGGAGAAUGGAAAGAUACACCUCAAAAUGGACUGGACUUCUACAACAAGGAGUCUCCCCGGAGCCGAACGCGAAAUGCUCGUCCGCUGGAAAGGAUAAAAAACGGAAAGAGGGAACAGUGGGAUUGCACUACACUCUUCUUCGCAAUCCUUCACUCCGAUUCUAUUGGCCAAGGACUCGAUCUAGCAGUUCGCUCGAAUGUCGAUGAUCUCAGAGAAGUUCGCAAUGAAGAGUUCGCUCACGUGUCACAUGGUCAGCUGUCAGGUUUACAAUUCAACCUCGCUGUUCGUAAAGUCGAGAUCGCAUUUCUGUUACUAGGUUUAUCCACCACUGAAAUUGAAAAUAUCCGCAAGCAGAAAAGUUUUCAGACGGAGGAACUUCGAAAUGUUUUGAAAAACGUCCAGAGCCUUUACCAAGAACUACAUGUCACCAACGUGAAACUACAAACCUCAGAAGAAGAACGGCAGCUACUUGAAGAAAGACAUCAAUUCCUUGAAGAACACCUUCAAGUCCUCGAAGAACAACACCAUAUCCUGGAGGAGCAAGUGCAUAAAAAUGUUCCUUCAUUCUGCAUUCUUCCGCCUAAACCCCUGCACGAAAUCGCAUCUCGCGAGAGCGACGUUAAUUCUAUAGCAAGAGAGCUUGAACAACUAAGGGAAGCAAAUGAGAGUGAUUUGAGUUACCUAUAUAUUUCAGGUAACCCUGGAAGUGGUAAAUCUCAACUAGCCGGUCUAGUAGCUCAGAAAUUCUACGAAGCAGCUAACAAAGGCCUCAAAUCCCCCACAUUCGUAAUGACUCUUAAUGCUGAAAGUUCAUUAACGCUCCUAGAAUCGUACGCUUCUUUAGGAAGACAAAUCAAGUGCCCUGAACACACCAUCAUGCAAACCCUUAAUUCAACAAAGAUGCAGGUUGAAGAACAAAUCAACAAUCUAAAGGAUUUGAUAGCAGCCAAAAUUCCUCUUUAUGGUUCUUGGCUCAUGGUGGUCGACAAUGCUACAAGUUUGUCUAAAGUAAACGAUUUUCUCCCUCUGUCCAGAAACCAACCGUGGAUGAAAGGCCAGUUGCUUAUCACAACACAGAACACUUCUUCCAUCCCCCCCAAAAGCUCCUUAGUCUCUCACAUCUCAGUGAGCAAAGGCAUGACGCCCAUAGAUGCCUGUUCUUUUUUAGAGAAGGUUUCGGGGAUUAGACACCAAGGAGUAGAAGAUAAAGUUGCAGAGGCAUUAGAUUACCAACCUCUCGCACUGGCUGGUGCAGGCGUGUACGUCAGAGAGAUUUGUGAAAGUCAAAGAACCUUUGGAUGGAAUGAGUACUUAGAAAAGCUAGAAAGAGGUAUGCGAACCUGUACUGAAACGAAAUUGAUGGAAACCAACCCUCACUACACGAAAUCGAUGACUGAGGCAACAAGGCAGGCCAUUGAAAGAGCGUUAAAAGAUGACAGUGUUUUAAAAAGCGUAUUUACGUUCCUUUCUCUAUGUUCUCCACAUCCUUUGCAUCUAGACAUCCUCAAGAAUUACAUUUUGAACGAAAAGAAUCUGCUUUUGGAUAAAGUAGAAAUUGAUCUUAAGAUCAAAGGCUCCUCACUUUUUAUGUUGGAAAAAAGAGAAAAUGAAAAUUUUGUUAGGAUGCAUAGAGUUGUGCAUGAGGUAAGCAAAUCUGUUCUCAACAAGAGCCAGGAGCCUGAUGAACACCCCCAAAAUGUUGCAUUAGCUGCAACGUCAUUCAACCAAUUCAUAGACACUUACCUUUCAAACAAAUGGCACGACCGAAACUCUACUCCUGACACUGAGCAUCUCAUUCCACACCUGACUGUAUUUGCUGCAGAAGUUAAAAAGGUCUUUCUUUGCAAAGAUAAAUGUCAAGAUAUCAAAGGAGAUGUUUUUAAACAUUCCAAUGCAUCAGAAUGUUUUACAAGGCUAGCAGUAAUUUGCAGGAAUCACAGUGACAUUUCAGGCGCAAAAGUCUACUGUGAAACAGCUUUGAAACUGGCUGAAGAAGAUAAGGAGGAAGAGCAUUGUGAGUUCGGACCCACACCUCCUUUCCUUGUGGAUAUUUACAACUUACUGGGCAUAAUUCUGCGUGAGUUGGGUGACUUGCAAAAUUCUAGGGAAAAACAUGAACGCGCUCUAGACAUUCAGUUGAAAUAUUAUGGGCGCGCGCAAGUUGAUGUGGCAUAUACAUACCACCAUCUAGGUAAUGUACAGUACGACCGGGGUAACCUGGAGCAGGCCAUGAAGUAUCACGAACGUGCUUUAGAAAUCCAGAAGGAGAAUCUUGGUCAUGAUCAUAUUCAUUUGGCAUUUUCCUUCACUACCAUGGGUGUCGUGGAGAGCGAACUAGGAAACCUACAACAUGCACAGCAUUAUUUUGAACGUGCCCUGGACAUUAGGUUGAAAACGCCUGAACAGGAGGAUGUUAAUGUCGCGCGUAUUUACCAUGAGUUGGGUAAUAUACAGCGUAAAUUGGGUGACCUGCAGAAGUCCGAAAAGUCUUACAAAAGUGCUCUAAAUAUUUGGUCAGAAAAGCUUGGACCCGAUCGUGUUAAUGCCUCGCGAACUUACUUUGGCUUGGCAAAUGUGCAGCGUAUCUUGGGUAAUCUGCAACAGGCCAAGGAGAACUGUGAACAUGCCCUAGAAAUUCAGUUGACCGAGCUUGGAAGCGAACAUGAUGAUGUUGCGCUCACUUACUCCAAAUUGGGUGGUAUACAGCGUGAAUUGGGUGAACUGGAGAAGGCAAAGGAAAGCUUUGAACAUGCUUUAAACAUUAAGCUGAAAAAGCUUGGGCCAGAGCAUGCCGAUGUCGUACCUACUUACCAUAGCUUGGGUGAAGUGCAGCAUCAGUUAGGCGAUAUGCAACAGGCCAAGGAAUAUCACGAAAAAGCUUUGGCUGUACGCCUGAAAGAUCUUGAACCCGAGCAUGUUGAUAUAGCGAAUUCAUACCACCAUUUGGGUAAUGUGCAAUUUGAGUUGAAUGACAUGCAACAAGCCAAAGAGCUUUACGAACGUGCUUUAGACAUCCAAUUG